AUGUCUGAGAAGCACGAUAUCGCCGAUACCCAGGUUGAGCUCAGCGAUGAGAAGUUGGAGGUUACCGCCUUCGACCUCUUGACCGACCACGAGAAGGAACUCCUCGAGCUCGAAGCUCGUCUCAACGCCGAGCUCGAUGCCAAGUUGAUGGCCAACCCCAACAAGAUGCCCAUGGCCUGUUACUUCAUCUUGCCCAACGAGUUUGGUGAGCGCUUCUGCUACUAUGGUGUCCAGCCCAACUUGAACAAAUACUUCCAGCUCGUCUCUGGAAUGGACAAGACCCAAGCCAAGGUUUACUCGACUGCUUUCACCAUGUUGGCUUACUUCUUCCCCUUGAUCGGUGCUGCCUUGUCUGAUUCCUUCCUUGGCAAAUGGUGGACAAUCAUCUCCUUCUCUAUCAUCUACUUGAUCGGUAUGAUCAUGGUCACCGUCUUUGCCAUCCCCGGUGUCAUCCCCGCCUCCAACUUCUUGACCUUCCUCCCCAUGCUCGUCAUCGCCAUCGGUACCGGUGGAAUCAAGCCCUGCGUCUCCUCCCACGGUGGUGAUCAGUACCUCCCCUCCCAGGAGCAGGCCAAGGAUUUCUUCUUCAACAUCUUCUACGUCGCCAUUAACGUCGGAGGCCUCCUUACCCAGUUCAUCGUCCCCAAGAUGACCGAGCUCCAAUGCUACGGUCAGGACACGUGCUACUCUGCUGCUUUCUUGCUUCCUACCGUCGUCUUUGCCCUUGCCUUGUGUGUCUUCGCCUCCGGCCACAAGUUCUACCGUAUCGUCCCUCCACUGGGCGAGUUCUUGCCCCUCAAGGCUGUCCAGGCUUCCAUCCUCGCAGCUCGUCGCCACUCCAAGGCCAGCCAGGAGGAGCGUGCUGCUAAGGGCCACUGGCUCAACUUUGCUGAGGAGGAGUACGGUGGUGUCUUCCUUGAGGAGGUCCGCGAUUUCGGUCUUGUCCUCGUCCCCGUUGUCAUUCCCUUCGCCUUCUGCUGGAUGUUGUACAACCAGAACUCGAACGAGUGGGCCAACCAGUACUACCUCAUGUCCGGUGCCCUCUUCGGCGGCAAUGACGAGAACUCCACCUAUGUCCAGGGAGCUAUGUUCUCGAACAUCAACACUAUCCUCAUCAUCCUCCUCGUCCCCAUCCUCGCCUUCUUCGUUUACCCCUUCUGCGAUCGCCGCGGCUGGAACUUUGGCCCCCAGCGUCGUAUGGCUCUUGGAUUCUUCCUCGUCGUCGUCUCCUUCGCCGUCUCUGCCGGUCUCGCCCCCAUGAUUGAAAAGGCUUACCUCGACUCUGGCCGUCUCAUGGAGGACUCUGCCAAGUAUGACGGCAAGUACUGUGAGAAGUGCUACUCUGCCUGGUUGCAGUUUCCCCAGUGGUUCCUUCUCUCUCUCGGCGAGUCCCUCUUCUCCCCCACCGGCGUUCAGUUCACCUACAUCGAGGCCGGUCGCCAGUUCCGCGCUGUUUCCACUUCCUUCUGGUUGUUGGCCUCGUCGCUGGGCUCGAUCUUGAUCAUGAUCUUCGAGCCUGCUUUUGACAGCGCUGGCUUGUCGAGCUCGACCCGUGGCUGGGCUUACUCCGGUAUCGGUCUUGGCGGUUUCUUCUUGUACUGCUUGACGUCGUACUACUACAUCCCUCGCAAGCUUCGUCCUUCUAUCAACGAGUCUGCUCGUUUGGCCAAGCAGGCUGAGAUGACCUUGAUCCGUCAAUAA